UUCCGGACGGUUUUAUUUCAGGGUAGCACAUUGAGUGGACGCUAAGGUCCGACAGGAAUUUGUGUCCGUCGUCGCCAACUGUCAUUAGUCAUGGCGGGUUCCGAGCUUUUAACUACUUUACUUUAUACUGUCAACAACCUGUUGCAACAAGACAAGUACAAAGCGGCAUUGGCAGUUCUCAAAGGCUUCCGAAAUGGCGCCGUAUACGGCGCCAAAAUCCGAGCACCUCAUGCCUUUGUGAUGACUUUUCUGUUCCGGAGUGGAAGUUUGGUGGAUAAACUCAAAGCCAUUUUGAAGGCCACAUACACACACUCCCGCAACCUGGCGUACUUUGUGUUUACGUACAAAGGACUGCAAGCCUUGCAGGAGAAGAUCCAGGGAAAGAGUUUGCAGUCGCACGCCUUUCUUGCCGCCUGUGUCGGAGGAUGGCUGGUGUUUGGAGAUAACAACAAUAUCAACAGUCAGAUCAACAUGUACUUGCUGUCCAGGAUCCUGUUCGCCAUGUCCCGGCUGGCCGUGGAGAAAGGCGUGAUACCGCAGCCAAAACAUGAUCCCUUCCCAUUGUUCGCCACGCUGGUGUGGGGCGUGGUCUUAUGGCUCUUUGAGUAUCACCCGCAUACGCUCCAGCCUUCGCUGCAGUCUUCCAUGAACUACCUCUACCACGACAGCAACGUGUGGCACGACAUCUCUGACUUCCUCCUUUAUAACAAGCCGAGGACUUCCGGCAAAUGAAGCCCAUAGUUGACUUCUUUUGUCUGGGACAAGAUGUCGACUGGACCCUCAAUCUGUGCCAGGAGUUCCCAUAAUUGGAUUCCAUUUUAACUGUUGCCAUCCUUUAAUUUAAAUACUCUAUAGGUUAUGUUAUAACAAACAUAUUAGCACAUUAGUUUUUUUGAAGUGAAAAAAUAAGUAACUGUUAUAGCACUACUGGUGUCACAGUUUGUUGAUUAUUUCAUCUUUUUAGUUCUGUUUUUUUCUUUAUCCUUUUUUCUUGUUUAUUAUGACUUGUGUAUAAUCGUGUGAAGGGUUGUACUGUAUACACCAGGGGUGUCAAUUGUAAGGCCCGCGGUCAGGAUCAGGUCCGCGAACAGGUUUUAUCCGGCCCGCGGGAUGAGUUUGCAAAGUAUAAAAAUGAGCCGGAAUUUUACAAUGAAAGAAACUGCUGUUCUAAAUGUGUCCACUAGGAGUCAUGAUAGGACUUUAUUGUCAUUGCACAAGUACAACAAAACUAUGUUUUCAGCACAAACCCGUUCAAGAUUAGACAAACAAACAGUGUACAGGGUUACAGAACAGGAACGUUGAUGGGUCGCCAUAGGCGCCCCGUAAAAGAUAAGAAAAAGGUAAAACGCUGGGGAAGAAGAUGAGUAAAAAAAUACAAUCUAGACUGGGCUCCUAAGGGGGCCUAGUCUGGAGUGGGAAAAAACCUCCAUGCAAUGCACACAUAAACACGUUACAUUUAAUCAUGACAACUCAAGUUGCAACAGAGGGGCGGGGAGUUGGGGCCCUGGAGGUCGACUGCUGCUAUGAAGCGCUGCCAGCCGUCCAUCACCCCGAGGGGAAACAAGCGGUGGUGAAGGCGUGGGGUGGGGUAGGGGGAUUGUGUGUGUAUGUGCCCAUUGUCUUGGGUGUGAUGAUGUAAUGUUCGUAGACUGAGGCCGAUCUGCAUGCAAGCAAAAGUUCAAGUAGCAAUUAUUUGUAUCUAUGUAGAUUUUGCUACAUAUGAAAAAAAAAUUAAAUAAACCACUUGAUGUUAGUACAUCAGUAGAGGAAAAUGAGCAAACUACAUAAAUAACAUCCUGUAAUUUGAUUUUUAUAUUAUUUUUUUAUCUUGAUAUAUUGAAAAUUAACACCAAUGAGUUGACUCAUAACCAUUAUCACGUAAUUUAUUCAUAAAGUAUAAAUAACGACAAAUAAAGGUAGAAUGCUAUUAACUGCAAUAUGUAAGUGUAAAAAAAACCGACCUGAUUUGUACAAUUUCAGAACGUGCUUGUUCUAUUUCUUAACAAAGAAAACAAUCUGAAGUUGUCUUUAUUUUUAAGUUAUCGUGCCGUGAUUUUACCAGUCCGGCCCACUUGGGAGUAGAUUUUUCUCCAUGUGGCCCCCCCAUCUAAAAUGAGUUUGACACUCCUGGUAUACACACCACAAGAAAUCCAAAGAAAGGACUGAACAAUACAAUUAAUAUCAGGUCAUCGUGUCACAAUUGGGUUCCAGAUAGAUAUUUACCUUUCCUGUGGUUUGACUCCUGAACCAUUUUAGCUCCAAAUUGGUUGACUUUUUAAGUUUUUUUCAAAACAAAAUUCCCUAUUACAAAUAAUGCGAAGUACGGUGAACCGACAAUGCUGAUAUUUUUUCAUAUUUUCCAUUUCCAACUCCAAAUCAUACCACUUUUGAUCCGUUCUUUAGAUAUCCUUUUUAAUUUGGCAUAAAAAAAAACCAAAUAAUUUUAGCAACACAUUGCUUAAGAGGGAUGGUGGCAUACACUCUUUAUUUCCCCUUCCCCUUCAUUCUCUUCAUAAUUUUAGUGGGUGUGUCUCUAAUAGUAUGUUUUGAACGUGCUGUCAUUUCUGCACAACUUUGCACAAUACAUAGUGGAUGAAGUUUUUUCUGUGUGUGACGCCACUGAAUGUGAACAAAAAUAGCCAUAAUAUAAAAGUAAUUCCACAA